AUGCAGGAAGUAGCUGAGACUUACCUUAUUAGCUACUUUGAGGAUUGCAACCUUAAUGCUAUUUACGCAAAAAGAGUUACUAUUAUGCAUAAAGACUCACAGCUUGCUAAGCGCUACUACUAUAAAUGUGAUCAGCAGGGUGGUGUCGCUCUGUUCGAUCUGAGUGACUGUACGUGGGGAUCCUUCUAUGAUACAAAUGCGCCAGGGUACGAAGUGCCUACCAAACUUGUAGAGAGGAUCGGCGGAACUAGGGCCGGCGGUGCCACUGUGGUGGAACCUGUCAGCGGGUAUGAUCAUCCAGCCAUCUCGGUCAUGUUCAAUCGGCCUGCAGCAACGAGCUCCCUUUCCGAUCUCUCAGUACACCCAGAUGGUAUCAAGUCCAGUCAUAUCGCCGGUGCUGUCGUCGGAGCAGUUGGAGGCUCCUUCAUCUUGGCGAUUCUAUUGGUUUGGGCUAUAAAAUGGAGGAGGAAAACUCUACAUGCAGCCAAGCCAGACACAGCUAUCGCGCAAGAAAAGGAAGAUGAUUUCUCAAUCACACAGGAACUACCCGCGAAGUCGAUGCGUGUGGAACUUGAUGAGCAGCGAUACAUUGCUGAACUGGACGGUGAGACAGGAAGUUUUGAUACAGCAAUGUGA